AUGACUGCAGUAGCGCAAAAGAUAAUAGAGAAUUUGAAAAUGCAGGACGAGGUAAGAUCUUCUGACAUAGACGCACCCUACUCAGAGAUACACGGGGCCUUGAUAAGUCUUGAGAGCAGGGGGAUAUGCAACGUGAAGAUGGAGGAAUCAUAUGAGGAGGUACUAACUCCGGAAGGCGAGGAAGUGGAAAGAAGUGGGAGCCAGGAGUAUCUGUUGCUUGAAUCAAUAGGAGAAGACGGUAUGAGUAUUGAGGAGCUAGAAAGGCAUAGCCUUGGGAAAAUGAAUGCCUUUAGGAAUAAAUGGAUAAGGAGAGAAGGGAACAGGGUUUUCAGGAAUGUGGAGAGUAUUGAGGAUACGGUUCGAAACAUGGUGAUCAGCAUGAAGAGGGGAACAGCAAGCGCUGAGGAAGUUGAGGCACUAAGGAAGAGGAAGCUGGUAUCCAGAAGGAAGAAGAUUGUAUUUAUAGCCACUAAGGGGCCUAUGUUCUUUGACAACACUUCAUAUGUCACUGAACUAACGUCUGAGAUGGUCCUCGAUGGAUCCUAUAGGGACCUAAGCUUCAAGCAUUAUAACUUUAAUGCCGAAGGAAAUGCUCCCCAAUGUGGAUCGAUUCAUCCUCUUAUGAAGAUAAGAGAAGAUUUCAGAAGAAUAUUUAUUGAGCUAGGGUUUAGUGAGAUGGCAACCAAUCAGUAUGUGGAGUCAUCCUUCUGGAAUUUCGAUGCGUUAUUCCAGCCCCAGAAUCAUCCAUCCAGAGAUGCACACGAUACUUUUUUUCUUCUGAAUCCAGAGCUAAGCACGGACUUUCCCUCGGAUUAUCUCAAAGAGGUUGGGGAGACCCAUCGCGGAGGAAAAUAUAACUCGUUGGGAUACAUGAGUAACUGGGACAUUAAGGAGGCACAGAAGAACAUCUUGAGAACGCACACAACGUCUGUCAGUGCUAGAAACCUGUAUAGACUUGCAAAGAAGGAAUUCAAGCCAGCAAAGCUCUUCUCGAUUGACAAGGUCUUCCGAAAUGAAACUGUUGAUGCAACGCACCUCGCCGAGUUCCAUCAAGUGGAGGGACUAGUCGUUGGUAAGGGCUUGAACUUAACUCAUCUAAUGGGGAUUCUUCGGGAGUUCUUCAACAGACUGGGGAUGGGCGACAUCCGAUUCAAACCUGCAUUCAAUCCAUAUACUGAGCCUUCGAUGGAGGUGUUUGGGUAUCACAAGGGAAUGGACCGGUGGAUAGAGGUUGGAAACUCCGGGGUAUUCCGGCCGGAAAUGCUAAGGCCAAUGGGCUUUGAUUCUGAUGUGAGUGUUGUUGCAUGGGGGCUAUCUCUAGAAAGACCUGCCAUGAUAAAGUACGGGCUAAAGAAUAUCCGAGAACUUGUUGGGCAUAAGGUUGACAUUGAGUUUUCAAGGAAAAGUGAAAUAUGCUUCUUCGAUUAA